AUGGAAGCGAAGGCCUUCAAGCGCCUCCGGUUCGAAUUCCCGAACAUGGUUCCAUGGGAUCAAGAGCCAACGAUCCCGAGCUCGGUCGUACGUCGGAUGGAAGCACUUGGAUGCAUGCUCGGAGUUCCUAUGUUCAAGACAACCCCAAACAUGGCCAGCACGUCAAAAGAAAAGCUUGCUCUCAUGGUGUGGUGCAUCACGCGUGACAUCGAUACCGUUCGGCAUGAGCUGACAUCGACAACGCUCACCUACUCGCAUUUAUGUCACAAUCUCUAUUGUGAGCAGCCAGGACAUGCUACCUGUUCGCAUACCCCAAGAUGUCUACCUGACGAUACAACGAUUCCCGAUGGUUCUGUUGACCUGGUCGCAAUUAAUAUUGCCAAAAUCCGGUCAACAAACCUUUACGGCUGCGGGUGCCCAGAGCACAAUAUCGAAUUGCCAUUCCACGUCACACCAAACACGACGAACGGGACCUAUCAUUUAUACAACAGCGAAGGUAGAACCGCCGAAUGGGACAUCCCAUCUAAAUAUGUAGCGGUGAGACAUGUGGAUAUUCCGCUGCCCUUUACGAACACUACAAUGAUGUCCACUAUCGAUACCGCAAGUGGGGCGGGAUCACGGACGGUGAGGACAAGUGGUGGGACAGCGCUCAGCACUGCUAGAAAUCUGGGGUCUCAAAACAACGCGUACGCAGUAUCUGGUCCGCUGCCCGCAAAUACGCACAGCGUACGAGUCAGUGCGUUGGUUGGGCAGAGUAUUGGGUUUGAGAAAGGAACGUGA